AGUGUUCAAGAGCAAAUUAAAGGAAUUAAUAGAAGAUAUUGAUAAACGACAUAUUAUGGGAGUUUAUGUUGCUUACGUUUACGUAAUAGAAUUUCAGAAAAGAGGACUUCCGCAUGCGCAUAUGUUGAUUUGGUUAGAAGAAUCAGACAAAAUAUUGGACCCUGCAGCAAUCGACCGUUUAAUUUCAGCAGAAUUUCCCGACCCUAUCGCGCAUGCCAACUUGCACGAAUUGGUCAAAGUACAUAUGCUUCAUGGACCUUGUACCAGUGCUCGAUGCUUAGAUGAAGAAGGACAUUGCAGCAAACAAUUCCCGAAAUCUUUGCGUGAAGAUACCUUAUACAAUCCCUCUGGAUAUCCGUUAUAUAAAAGACGGCCAAUAGAAACACCUAUACAUAUAGGUCGAAGAACGGUAGAUAAUAGUUGGGUUGUACCAUAUAACGCUUAUCUACUUGAAAAAUACGAAGCUCACAUUAACGUGGAGGCUUGCUCUUCAAUGAAAAGCGUAAAAUAUUUACUUAAAUAUAUAUACAAAGGAUUUGAUAGAGUUCAAAUUGUCGUACGAACCGUGGAAGAAGACGGUCAAACAACAACUAUCCAGGAACCUAUGUACAACGAAAUUCAAAUGUUUCUGGACGUUCGCUAUGUUAGCGCGCCUGAGGCGAUGUGGAGGAUUUAUACAUUCGAAAUGCACGAUAUGUCUCAUGCUAUUAUUAAACUCUUUGUACAUCUUCCGAAUAUGCAACAAGUCUAUUUUAAUACAAAUAGUACCAUUCCUGACGUCGUAGAAAGGGCCGCAACACAACACACUACGUUAACAGGAUGGUUCGCCUUAAAUACCCAAGAUGAAGAAGCUAGACAAUACACAUACGUACAGAUACCUUAUAACUAUGUGUGGAAAAUAACACAAACAAGAAUCUGGGUAGAACGUCAACGUCAUCAAAAUAUCAUUAUCCUUGGUGAUUUAAAUGUAAAUUUAUUUGCCGAUAAUACCUUACAACAAUGUUUGGAUAUGUAUGGUUUCAAGCAAAUUAUUGAUGCUCCCACUAGAGUAACUAAUAGUACAGCAAGUCUUCUGGACCCUAUUUUUAUUAAUACCCCAAUUACUGUCACUAACUGGUUUACUUUAGAUGCUAAUUUGUUGUCCGAUCAUAAAAUUGUUUGCUGUAUCUUAAACAUAUCCCGUGUGAAACAUGAACAAAAAAUGAUCACCUUCAGAGAUUUCUCACACUUUGAUGAGCAAUCUUUCAUUGAUGACCUGGCUAGAGUAAAUUUUAUUGAAAUGUGUUAUAUGAGGAAUAUUGAUGAUAAAGUUCAAUUUUUCAGUAGCAAGUUAAUUGACAUCUUCAAUCGUCACUCUCCUAUUAGGACGGUACGCGUGAGUAAGCCGAAAGCGCCGUGGUUGUCAUAUCCGUUGAGACAGCUUCUGAAGCAAAAAACGAGAGCAUAUUAUUUAUACAAGAUAGACAGAAGUCCAGCAAGAUUGCAGGUUUUUAGGGAACUUAGAAACCUUGCACUAUCGUGCAUUAGACAUGAAAAAAUGGCGUAUCUUGCUCACUUGGAAAAAGGGCGUGAUCAGAGAAAAUUGUGGUAUGAAUUGAAAAAUAUGAAAGCACAAACAUCUGAUAAGCCAUGUUAUGUGCGGCAAGGACACAUCCGUUCCAGUCUGGUGGUAGGUUUAUUUUAG